UAAUUUACUAGCAAACUAACUAUUUGUAUUUAGUGAAUAUUUUACUAGUUAUUGCUUAUAUUAUACUAACAUAUGAUAAAUUGGUAAAUAUUGAAAUUUUAAAGUUGAUAUAAAUAAGAUUGAACUUACUAACGAGCUUAACAAGCCAACUCGUAAGCUAAGCCGAGCCACGCUUUUAGCUCGUUAGGGUUAAUUAAUAAGCCGAGCUGGCUAGUCAUGAUACUACUAAUAACGAGCCGAGCCAGGUCAUUAUCCCCUCAUCUAAAUUAACAACACCCACCAAUGCAUAUGCUUCUCACAAUGAAAAGCUAGCACAUUGAGCAUGGAAAGAUAGCGUAAGCUUGAACUGAAUCUCUUCGAUCUCCUACCUUUCACCGCGCGCUAAAUUAACCUGUGUACUUCAUUUCACUGUGCUCAAUCAACUUCGACAAUUGUCAAGAGCUAGCCGGGCAAGCUUCAAAUUAAUCUUAAUUUUUUUUAGACAAUGUAAGAGCUCUAAACUUCAUGAACUGAAUGAGAUUGAGUAAGGCACGAUCAAUGUCCUCGAUCAAGUCACAUAAACAACAGAAGAUGCUUACAGUACAGACACCACGGCACGGCUAGCUUGAUCGUCACCGAAGAAAAGAUCCACCCAAUGAUUUGUCACAGCAUAAGAAUCCUUCAAUCUUUCCAUCAGCAUCGUCGUAAUAGUUAGCUUUUUCAAACCAUUCCUUUUGACUAGGGUAUCUACCCGUAUUCUCUCUUUUUUCUACAUAAAUGAUUAAUGAUGUAUGCAUAUGUAAGCACUGCACGUGAUUUUUCCUGAAACAAUCAAGGGAUAGAAAAGAAAAACAUGUGAUACAAAUCUCCUCAUUCCAUUGCAUUUCAUGGCAUUCUAUCUUCAGAUAAAUCUGAACACUGAGCAACAAGGUGACUUUCAGUUACUUGAUUCUUACUCUCUUGCAGAUUAUAUAUGUCAUACUGAGAUUACUCGUCAAUGGAUUGCUGCUUUGAUUUUGUUUAUGGACAAGGGAUUUUGAAGAGAGGAAAAAUUCAGUUGUAAGUGAGGACUGAGGAUCAAUAUGCCAUCAGUGAGAGCCUCUCACUCGUUGAGAGAAAGCAAUUGCAGUUUCAGCAAAAGAGCUAGUACUGCUUUUGCACAAUGCAAAUGAACUAUAUAUGGGGUACAAAGCAUCCUAUUUAUCUUUGCAAGGCGAAUGGCUGUCACAACGUUGCAGACAGACAGCAUAUAAAGAAAAGGGGGUCGAAAUGGAAAUGGAGUUUGCAGUUAGCUAUCUAGAGCUUUAUUAAUAUUGGCAGUAUAUCCUUGAGAAGUGGAAUGUUCUGCAGGGUUGGUUAGCAUUUUGCAGGCAAAUUAUGAUAUUCAUCAGAGAUAUUUUUCAUAUUUUUGCAUGCUAACAGAAAGAAAGGAAAUGUAGCAUAGUGAUGGAUGCAUUCAGAACAUUCUUUAACAGUGUUGGUUCUAAAGCUGUUUUGUGCAUGAGCAUGUCCUGAAUAAUAUCCUCAAAACCAGAAGAUGAUGAUGUGUAAAGCAUGCAGCAGAAUAUUGGUGAAGCUUUCUACUCCAUCGGUUCGAAAAUAUAAACCAUUUUGAAGAAAUGUGACACAUUAUAUACUAUGAAUCUGGAUACGGAGCCUGUCCAGAUUCGUAGUAGAGGAUAUGUCAAAAACGGAGGGAGUAUCUAGCAGGGACAUCACAUUCGAUCGACAACACUGUCAAGAAUCAAAUUCUGUCCGUUGGAUUUGCGUAUAAAUAGGCAUCGGAAACAAGUGCAGAUAGCAAUCACCAAUCAGCACAACAACUAACUACACCAGUGGCCACUCACCUGCACUCCUGCAGUAGUCUUCAGAUCGAGAAUGGAUAAUUCUUCAGAUUCUCAGAGGAGGAAGAGGUGCGCGGCGUGCUAUAGGGAGUUCAACAAGAAGGAGCACCUGGUGGAGCACAUGCGGACGUCGCUGCAUUCGGCGCACGACCCUCGCUGCGGCGUCUGCGGCAAGCACUGCCGCUCCCUCGACGCCCUCCGCGACCACCUCACCGGCGCCCUCCCCAAGCCGGAGUGCGCCGCCGCCUUCGCCUCCCGCGGCUGCCCCCUCUGCCUCCACGUAGUCCUCCCGCCCACCGCCGCCGCCCACUCCUGCCCCGCGGCCGCGCCACCGCUCGGCGGCGUCCUCGCCCUGGGGUGCAAGAUGGUGGGCGCCGGCAGCGACGGGUCCCUGGACGUGUGCGCCCGCGUGUGCGUGGUGGACGAGCAGGAGCGCGUGGUGUUGGACACCUUCGUCAAGCCGCACAUCCCCGUCACGCACUACCGCUACGACACCACCGGCAUCCGCCCCGAGCACCUGCGCGACGCCAUGACGCCCAAGCAGGCGGCGCGCCGGGUGCAGGAGCUGCUGCUCAACGGCGAGCCGGCGUGGAAGGCGCGGAGCAGCCGCGGGAGGGCCCGGAUCCUGGUCGGCCACGGCCUGGACCACGACCUCGAGUCGCUGGGCAUGGACUACCCGGAGUACCUGAAGCGGGACACGGCGAGGUACCCGGCGCUGAUGAAGACGAGCAACAGCCGCCUCAGCAACUCGCUCAAGUACCUCACCCUCGCCUACCUCGGCUACCACAUCCAGAUCGCCGGCCGCCACCACCACCCCUACGACGACUGCGUCGCCGCGCUGCGCCUCUACCGCCGGAUGCGUGGCGCGCGGCCGCACACCUGCAGGGACGCCGGCGUGGGGCCGCACGCGCCGCCGCCAACGCCGGCGGAGGCGUUCCCGGCGUGGAGGCAGCGGGAGCUGGAGCGCAUGUCGCCGGAGGAGCUCCUCCAGCUGUCCACCUCGGACUACUACUGCUGGUGCCUCGACGCCACCGACUAAUAACGAAUUAUUACUCCCACGUACUACCUAAACUACUUACUCAGUAUAAUUAUGACUAAUUAUGCUGCUGCGUGUCCGUCUUUAUUAGUACUCCACUCCGUAUGUACGAAUCAGGAUGUAAGACCAUCGAUCUGAUAGAGACAGUACCGUCACAGUACGUGUGACAACCACAGGUUGCAAAAUUUUUUAAAAAAGGUUUUAAAAAAGCGCUUAUAUAGGAGUAUUGCGUAAAAUAUACCAUUGCUAUAUUCUCAAAUUACUUUCAGCGUCAAAUAUACUCAUAUACUCCACUGGAGGAAGGAAAUAAUAUCAGUGUUAAAAAAAAAGAAAUACUUUUUACAUCCUUCUCUGAUGGUAGGCAAAAAUUAAAGUUUCUCUGGGAAAGCACCGACAAUGUGAUGGUAAAAUCGUUGGUGUAUGAUUUUACUCGUUUAAAUUCAAAUGACCACGAAUAUUACAUACACCAUAUGAGUGAGUUUUCAAUAGAAAUUUAAUGUGUUCAGAGAUGUGAUGGUUUCCAUCUCUUUGAGCAUGCCUUAGAGGGUGCA